AGACUACAUCCUCAAUCAUGCCGUCUAUGGCCGAAAUCUACGUCAAAGAGCUCAGAGAGAGGGAUCCAGCUACUGUCGAUACUCUAUUCCUCGACAACGCUGAAGAUGGACAAAUCGGAGGACUCACCGACCAGCUUAUCAACUUGGAGAUGCUCAGCAUGGUGAAGUGCGGACUCACCACACUCGCCGGGUUCCCAACUCUUCCAGCUCUUACCUAUUUGGAUAUCAGUGACAAUCAGCUUGGAGACAACGCUUCGUUUGAUGUUCUUGUGAAAAAUGCUCCAGAUCUUAAGAAGAUCACACUCGCCAGCAACAAGCUCUCUUUGGAUAAUCUCCGGUGCUUAAAGGUUCUUCCAAAUCUUUUCGAGCUCGACUUGUCGAAUAAUCCAAGUCUCGGACUCCUCGAGGACUAUCGUGAGAAGAUGUUCGAGAUGAUUCCAUCGCUGAAGAUUCUUGAUGGAUGCGAUGUUGAUGGAGAGGAAGUUGAGGAGGAGUUUGCCGGUGAGGGAGGAGAAGACAGCGAGGAGGGAAGCGGCGAUGAAGAUGGACCCGGACUCAGCUAUCUCGAGAAGAGCCAGUUCUCCGACGACGAGACUGACGAUUAUGCUCCAGAGGGAGGAGACGCUGAACCACGUGGGACAAAACGUGGAGCUUCUGAUAACGGAGAAGAGCCAGACAACAAGAAGGCAGCUGGCGACGACGAGUAAACUUCGACGCCUACGGACUCAUCAUCUCAACCUAAUAUAUUUAUUUCAAAUAUUUUUUCCAAAAAAACUUCCCUCAUUUUCUUUAUGGCUGCGCUGUACACUAAACCCCAACUUUAAUGAUCUGAAAAACUGAACCCAAACCACCAGACACUGCAACAACUUUUUGAUGAAUAAAAAAUCUUUAACAUUAA